AUGAACGGUCACUUCUCCUCUGUUGGCGAUGCGCCAACCACGGCUCAAUACGAGCAUGGCAUCCAAGUUAUAGACGAAGACAAGCAGUUCAACCAGAAUAUCAACGCCUAUCUGCAAGCAACCGAUAUCGCUGAUACUGGAUUCAACUACCACCUCAUAUCCGUAUUCGGUUCUCAGUCUACCGGCAAGUCCACACUGCUUAAUUAUCUAUUCGGUACCCAGUUCAAUGUCAUGUCCGAGGUCGAACGUCGGCAAACUACCAAGGGAAUAUGGAUGUCCAAGAAUAAAAAGGGAUCCAUGGCCGACAAUAUCCUGGUCAUGGAUGUCGAAGGUACUGAUGGUCGAGAGAGGGGUGAGGAUCAAGACUUCGAGAGGAAGAGCGCACUAUUCGCACUAGCUACUAGCGAGGUGCUCAUCAUGAACAUAUGGGAACACCAAGUUGGAUUGUACCAAGGUGCAAACAUGGGGUUGCUGAAGACAGUCUUCGAAGUCAAUCUCCAACUGUUCUUAAAGGAUGUUCAAUCUACGCCUAGGUCGCUCCUAUUCUUCGUUAUCCGCGACCAUAUUGGCCACACUCCUCUAGUAAACCUCCGAAAUACCCUAAUCCAGGAUCUGACUAAAAUUUGGUCGUCGAUUUCGAAGCCACAAGGUCUGGAGAAGUCACGCAUAGAAGACUAUUUCGACUUUGCUUUUGCUGCGCUACCUCACAAGAUCCUACAGCCAGACAAAUUUGAGACCGAGGUCGUGAACCUAGGUAGAAGAUUCGUUACCGGGAAUCGGAACUCGAAGACCCAUCUGGAGCAUGGCAAACACGAGCUUGAGGGCGGUGUCUUCCUGCCCGAAUACCACCGAAGAAUCCCGGCAGAUGGGUUUUCUGUAUAUGCCGAGGGCGUGUGGGAUCAGAUCGUUAACAAUAAGGAUCUCGAUCUCCCCACGCAGCAAGAGCUCCUUGCUCAGUUCCGUUGCGACGAGAUUUCACGAGAGGUUUUAAUAGCCUUCGACGUCGCCAUUAGCCCGUUGGAAGAGAAGCAAGCCGAAUCCGCUCAUAAUGGGAAGCCGAUUGUGCUCCCCGAUCUCGGCAGCAUUGGUUCUGCAGCGAGGGAGAAAUGUGUCAAGGCGUUCGAAACGCAGGCUAGCAGGUAUCACAAAACCGUCUAUACGAGGAAGCGAACCGACCUGGAAGGCAAAAUCGACCAACGCCUUAAGGCGUUGUAUCAUGGGCAGUUAUCUGCCGCUCACAAGUCCAGCGUGGCCCUUUUCAGCGAUGCCGUCUCUGGCGCAGUAAAAGCAGGUCAGAAGUCGGGAGGGUCCUAUGAGUUCGCCGAGAUCGUCGAUAAGGAGAAAACAAAAGCUCUGGGCAUAUUCAAGAAAGAAACACAGAGCCUGGAAAUUUCAGGCGUGGCGUGGACCAACUUCAACUCUCAAUAUGUGCUCUUCGAGAAGGAGCUUGACGAGGUCAGUGCUCGCUUAAGAAAGGAGGAGAUGCGCAGACUAGCUACUCGAGUCGAACGUUGGGUCAAAUCUCGACUUGGGGAUGCCGUUGGACUCGAGUUCAACAAGAUUGGCUCUGGGAGGGGCGGGUCCGGGGCACCCGAAGCCGGAGAAAAGCCUGCGAGCGAGAAAGACCUCUGGGAUCGUAUCUGGAAUGUCUUUACUUCCGUCGUCAAGGAGGCCGAGAGCCGCUUUGUGGAGAGAGCUAAGAGCUUUGAGGCAAACGAUGGAGAGGUUGAAGUCGGGUUAUGGCGUCUGCGACGCAAGAGUUGGGUGGCACUAAGGGAGAAAAUUGAGGAGGAAGUGAUGGAAGGCAAUAUUCUACUCAAGUUACGGGAAAACUUCGAGGACAAAUUCCGGUAUGACGAAGCUGGGGUGCCGCGGAUAUGGCGGCCGGCGGAUGACAUCGAGGGUAUAUACACUCGUGCUCGGGAGUCGACUCUGACGCUUAUCCCGCUCCUAUCGAAGUUCAGGCUGUCCGCUGCCAAUGCGUCUCCAGAUCUCCCUGAGUUUAUUGGCCACCAACCCCCGGGCACGGAACCUGAGGAUGAGAAUGAUCUCGCGCCAAUCGGUGGCAUCGACGAGGAGGAUGGAAAGAGCCUCGAGGAGGAGAUGACCGUGCUGAGCGAGGGCAAGCGGCAGGAUCUGGUUGUCAGGUUUAAGAAGACCGCCGAUGGAGUAUAUGUCGAGGCCAAGCGCAGCGCCAUCGGUGGGAUUACGCAGGUGCCUCUGUACUUCUACGGAUUGUUGCUGGCGCUGGGGUGGAACGAAUUUCUGACUGUUCUGCGCAAUCCUAUUCUCUUUCUACUUGUUAUCGUUAUCGCCGGCGGACUCUAUGUCUCGUAUAGCCUCAACCUGCUGGGCCCUAUGAUGCAGAUGACCAACGCCGCCUGGAACCAGGCUGUCGAGAUCGGCAAGCAGCACCUUCGCGAGUUCCUUGAGAACAACGAUACGGCGAGACAGGCGAUUGGCAUGCCGGGCCGGGAUAAUGGCUCGGUUAGUCUAGACAACUUAGAUAGUCGGGGAAAGAAAUCUCAGGCGGUGGUCAACGAUGACGACGAUAUUUAA